UAUCUGCGCAGCCACCGCCGUCCCUUGACGUCACUCCGGUUCGUUCCUCCGGUGGCUUCCUGCUGAGUCUCUCCGUCUCCCGUAGCGGUCCUCUGCUGCUGCUGCUGCUGCUGCCGCCGCCACCGACAACUCCACAGACGGGAGAAGCGUCCUCGUUCCGGGUGGAGCAUCCAGCAGCUCAGACAUCAUGGUGAACAUCCCAGAAUACUUUGCAGGGAAAAAUGUGCUGAUCUCUGGAGCAACAGGCUUCAUGGGGAAGGUUCUUCUGGAGAAGCUGCUCCGGUCGUGUCCAGAUGUGGGAUCUGUCUACGUCCUGGUUCGGUCUAAAGCCGGUCAGAGUCCUGAGGAGCGGAUCUCUGAUAUGAUCAGCUGUAAGCUGUUUGAGCGUCUGCAGGACGAGCAGCCGAGCUUUAAGGAGAAGAUCGUAGCUCUGAGCAGCGACCUGACGCUGCCGGACCUGGACCUGAACCGAGACCACCAGAACCUCCUUUCAGACCGAGUCCAUGUGGUGUUCCACUGCGCCGCCACCAUCCGCUUCAACGAGCCGCUCAAAGAUGCGAUGCAGCUGAACGUCCUGGCCACCCAGAAGAUGCUGUCUCUGGCCCGCAGGAUGAAGCAGCUAGAGGUCUUCAUCCACGUCUCCACGGCUUACGCCAACUGCGACCGCGAGCUGAUCGAGGAGGUGAUUUACCAGCCGCCGGUGGACUACCGCAAACUGAUCGACACUCUGGACUGGAUGGACGAUGAUCUGGUAUCGGCUCUGACUCCGAAGCUGAUUGGAAAGCGUCCCAACACCUACACCUACACCAAAGCUCUGGCUGAGUAUCUGGUGCAGCAGGAGGCCGGAGACCUGAACGUGGCCAUCGUCAGACCCUCCAUAGUGGGAGCCAGCUGGAAGGAGCCUUUCCCAGGCUGGAUCGACAACUUCAACGGACCCAGUGGGAUAUUUAUUGCAGCUGGUAAAGGAAUCCUACGUACGAUGAGAGCUUCUAAUGACGCCGUGGCCGAUCUAGUUCCUGUAGACGUCGUCAUUAACGCCACGCUGGCUGCAGCCUGGUACUCCGGAUCGUACGCCAGGCCUAAAAACAUCCUGGUCUACAACUGCACGACUGGAGGUAUCAACCCGUUCCACUGGGGGGAAGUUGAGUACUGUAUAAACAUGACCUUCAAGACCAAUCCCUUAGAGCAGGCCUUCAGAAGGCCCAAUGUCAAUCUGCGCUCCAACCCCUUUACUAAUCAGUACUGGACCGCCGUCAGCCACACUCUGCCGGCUCUGCUCUAUGACGGCUAUCUCAGGCUGACGGGCCGCAAGCCCCGGAUGAUGAAGACCAUCAGCCGCCUCCACAAAGCCAUGAUGGUGCUGGAGUACUUCACCAGCCACUCCUGGGUGUGGAACACCGACAACGUGGCCAUGCUGCUGGCCCAGAUGAGCCCCGAGGACAAGAAGGUUUUUAACUUCGAUGUGCGUCAGCUGCAUUGGGCAGAGUACAUGGAGAACUACUGUAUGGGAACCAAGAAAUACGUUCUGAACGAGGAGCUGUCGGGUCUUCCAGCUGCCCGCAAACACCUCAACAAACUAAGGAACAUCCGCUACACCUUCAACACCGUCCUGAUGGUGCUGAUUUGGCGGGUCUUCAUCGCCCGGUCCCAGAUGGCGAGAAACAUCUGGUACUUUGUGGUGAGCCUCUGCUUCAAGUUCCUGUCCUACUUCAGAGCUUCCUCCACCAUGAGAUAAUGACGGAGGAACGGCCAGGUGGUGGACGAUGAGAAGUGACGGCGAGCAGGAGCAGCUGUUUGGAGGAUCUAAUGAAGCUAACAUCCUGAAGAUAAACCUGGAGUCCACGGACGCUACUCUGAUGUUUCUGCACUUCGUAGAACGCAGGACGAGAUGUUUGUUGAAGACGACAGAAGCCUCGUUAUGUUGGUUCACCUAUGCAUUGGUCCUCAUUUAAAUGUCCUUUCUCUGCUGUCGACUGAAAACUAAACUUUACUCUUCGUCCUUCAAGUUUGUCUGUUUUAUGGAACUUUUAAAAAAAAAAAUGAUGUGCGACGGCAGCAUUCGCUCUGCAAACCUUAAACAAGGUUGGCUGGUUCCAGACAUCUAGGUCAGUCCGUUUAAAAUCAACUAAAGUUCCACCAGAACCUCCUCAGAACCAUUUUAUACUUCAUCUCCAGUAACUUUAUCAAUGAUCAGAGUUCUACCUUCAUACUGGGAAUAUUUCCAGAGUUCCAUAGAGGUGGGUCCAGAUUUAUCACUUUUAAUGGACUUUUUCCAUCAUUUCUGAGCCUCAGAACUUCAUCAGUCCAGCAGAUAGAACCAUGACAUUUAGGAGGAAAACACAUCUGAUUUCUGGUAAAAACUGACACCAGAUCAGUUUUACAUCCAUCCAGGUGUCUCAGUCUGAAGAUAAUCCAGAUAUGACCAAUUUUGGACAAUUUUCAAGUCAUUUUGGACAAAAUUUCAGGUCCUUUUGAAGAUUUUUUGAAUAAUUUGAGGAAAUACUGAGUCAUUUUUUAUUUUUUUUGUCAUAUUUUGGGUAAAUUUGAAUAAUUUUGCUAGAAAUUUUGUGUGAUUUUUGGACAUUUUUUGUCAUUGUAAACAAUUUUUUGAGCCAUGUUUGACAAAUGAAAAAUUUGGGACGAUUUUUGUGUAAUUUUAGCCAAAUUUCAUGUAAUUUGACCUUUUUUUAAAAAUAAAAAACACAUUUGACUUCUGUUAAAAACUGAUUGUUUCUAUGACUCUACUGCUGCAAUUUUACUGUUCAAACUAUGAUACAUCCCAUAAUAUUGAUGGUCAAAGUUAGAUAUUUGAACAGCUUUCAGAAUCCAAAUGACUCAAAAUUUGUCCAAAAUUAUAUGAAAGUGAUCCAUAAUUACAGAAAAUGAGUUCAGAAUGACAUGAAAUUUGUCCUAAAUGACUUGAAAAUGAUCCCAAAGACACAAAAAUGAUCCAAAAUGACUAGAAAAGAUCCAAGUUGACAUAAAACCUGUUGAAAAAGACCAGAAAAUUGUCCAAAAGGAGUCAGAAUUCACCCAAAAUGACUCAAAAAUGACACUAAAUUAGUCCACGAUGCUUCAAAAAUGAUAGAAAAUGACUCAAAAUUUGAGCAAAACAACUUGAAAAUGAUCCAAAAUUACAGGAAAUUUGUUGAAAAUGAAAUAAAAAAUUGUCCUGAACUGCUUGAAAAUGAACCAAUUUCUGAGUCGUCAAUUGUCUAAAACUAUAGAUUUAAAACGUUCUGAACAGAAACUAGAUUCAGUGUUUAAAAUGAGACACCUGAAUGGAUGUAGAACUGAUCUGGUGUCAGUUUUUACCAGAACUCAGAUGUGUUUUUCCUCCUAAAUGUCAUGGUUCUAUCUGCUGGACUGAUGAAGUUCUGAGGAUCAGAAAUGAUGGAAAAAGUCCAUUAAAAAAUUAUAAAUCUGGACCCGGUUAUAUGGACUUCAAGGACCUGGAAGUUCUAAGUGAGACUAAACUUAAAGACCGAAAGCAAGAAAGGAGAACAACUGUCCGGUUGUCGGUAGGUCUACUCUAGGACUUUCUCCAGGGGACGUUCUCCUCUUUGGACUUCAAGGACCUGGAACUCUGGAAAUAUUCCCAGUAUGACGGUAGAACUCUGAUCAUUGAUAAAGUUACUGGAGAUGAAGAACCAGAUGUUCUGAGGAGGUAAACUUCAUUCAGUUUUUGAUGAUUUUAUAUGAAAUGAUCUCCAGAUGUCCGUCCAACGUUAACGUCUUUUUGUUCCACCUUUUUCUUUCUUCUCUGCUCUGCAAAAACCAACUCUAACCCAUAAAACUGUGUUUGUCUUUAACUCUACUAAGCACAACGUCUGUAGACUAACAGCUUUACUCAGUGCCUACAGACUGAACCUUCUCACAUCAGCAGACCUUCAACAUAAAGCUUCUUCUCCUUCUGCAGGUCGUAUAAAAGUCAGCUUUUUGCCAAAUUACCUCUUGGCUGACGGCGAGAAAAGUUCUGAGGAGGAAUUCUGUCACAUUUUGGCUUUUUUUUCUCAGAUAUGUUUGGAAGUUCCAUCUUGAGUUCUGUGUUUGGUUCCUUCUUGUUUCCUUUAACUUCCUCGUAGCACCAACUGUAGCUCAGCGUCUCUUCAUUUCCCUCUGUUUGGUAAUGCUCUGUCGUCUUAUUGGCUCAGUUAGCUGCUGUAAAUACAAGCUGCAGGGUUCUUCUUCUUCUUCUCUUGGUUUUUACAGGAACUAACCCUCGGCGACUUUACCUGUGCACUUCCUGUUUCCUGUUUACCUGGAAUGUGAUUUUCAGCAGCAUGAGCCGCUCUGCACAGGAUCCCCCAACCAAGAAAUCGUGCCUGAACUUUUGUCUAAACAAUGUGAACAGAAGCAGAUCUAUGUUUUCUAAUUAUUUUGUGUAAGGCUCUAUUUAGAUAGAAACGUAUUUUUAUGCUACUCGGCCGAGCUUCAUCCAAGCAACUGCUGUAAAUACGAAGAAGAUGUCGAA